CAUUAUAUUCAGCGGAAUAUAAUGUAUGUAUAGAGGUGGAGUGAGAUGGAGGAAUUCUUGAAGAGAUGCGAGAGCGUGAGAGUCAAGUGUAGAGUAGCGAAGGAGGAAGACAUGCUGUUGAGCUUCAGCAAGAAGAGGAAGCUCGAUAAUGACAGCUGCGAAUCGGUGUCGCCAUCCUGUUGCUCUAACUCUAAGCAUGAGGACUCAAGCGACGUCGUAGAGAUGAGUCCGAGAUCAGCAGAUCUGGAGAAUGCUGAUUCGCACUCCGCUGAAAUUUCCACUUCCACCGGUCGUGUUUUAAGUAGAGAGGCGACUCCAACUAGCGAGCUAUACGGAGACUCGGAGCAUAUUUUGUUGCAGCUACCGUCGCCCAACAAAGAAUCAUCGAUGCCUUCGGCGGAGGAGCUGGACGGGUUCUUCUUCGCAGCGGCAGAAAAGUAUAAGCAGAAACGAUUCGCUGAAAAGUACAACUAUGAUAUUGUAAAGGACGUUCCAUUGGAAGGCAGGUAUCAUUGGGUUCGUUUACUUCCUUGAAUGAAAUCACCACCAAAACCAGAAACAAUGCAUCUUAUUCAUUUUUUUUAAAUUUUUGUUGGUGUGUUAGAUUCUUGAUUUGAUUGGCAUUCACCAUUUUCUAACAUCGCUAUCGAUUUGGCUGGAUAUGUAUAGCAAUUUCCCAGAUUCAUGUAAAGAAGCUAGAGUUCUUUUAAUGCAAAAUCAAGCUUUUCAUU